GGCAACGUUGACUAUGCGCUGGAUACAGCAGACAGUAUGGCGGACAGCGAGAGUGAUUUGGAGACAGACGGGCUUGAAUUAGCUCUGGAAACAUUGUGCAAAAGACACUGCAGCGACGAGUCAGCUCCGAGGAGCAAAAGCUAUUGCUCUGAGUUUUGUGAGUUGGUUGAGGAGUACACAGGACACUGGCAGGUCCCUCUCCCUCAGCUGAAGGUGCUGUGGACUGCACUUUGUAGUUUCACCAAAGCCACUGCUGCUUUCCCUGAUGACUGUCAGCAUGUCCACUAUGUUCUCAGCAGUCUGGCCUUGAGCUUCUUUGAGCUGAUGCUAUUUUUUAGCAAAGAAGAAUUUGUGGAAAAGCCUUUAAAAGACAUCCUUGAUUCCUUUCAGGAGUGCCACUCUCAGCUCCUGCGACACAGGAACAUUUAUCUUCAGCAUGUGAAGCAGAUCAUCAAAGCAGGAGGACCGUGGGAGAAUCCAGUGCUACAAGGAAUCCUGAAGGAAGCAGACUUGCCACCAAAACAGGUUGAGGACUACUUGAGCUCAGAGUUGCCCAUAUUCUUUGAGCUGCGGGUUCGCUACCUGCAGGCCUGUGAACGAAUACAAGAGGCCAAAGCCCUGUCUAAAAGCUGCCUGGAGAAUUGCGAGGCUGGAAAGCAUUUGUACUUCCAUCAGGCUUACCUGACCUGCCUCUACAAGGCCUCACUGCAUGAACACCUUCACAAGGAGAUGGCAGAAAUAGAUGGCCGUGAUGCAGUGGAGAUUAUCUGCAACACAGAGAGCGUUGAAAAAGAUGAACUUCUGCUGUCGCUGUGUAAAGCUUUCCUCACUCAGCAGCUACACAACGGAGACAUGUAUUACAUCUGGGACCUGGUGUUCAUCUGGAGCAGGCUGCAUCUUCGUGCCCAUCCCUCCAGACAAGGCUUCUUGGCUGAGUGCUUGCAGUUGGCUUCCUCCUCUACUAACGUCAGAGCCAUCUUCCCCUUCAUCAAACUGGUCACCACAGAGCUGGGCGGUGAAGGAGUCCAUGUCUGUGUGGAGCUUUGUGCCAGAGCUUUGCAGCUGUGCGACAUGCAGGCUGACAGUGGGGCCCGGUCCCUGGUUUGCAAGACCAUCGCCUUCCUGCUUCCUCAUGACCUGGAGAUCUGUCGAGCGUGUGCCCUGCUGGUCUUCUGUCAGGAACGCAGCCUGGAAGCUUAUCGAACUGUCUGCUUGCUUUACAUGCAUCCUGACCAGGAGCCACAUCCCCACAACAGCCCUGUCCGGACCAGUGUUCGCUUCCAUAUUUUGCAGAUGCUCAAAGAGCGCCUCUGUUUUGAUCCUGAGUUUUGGAACCUUCUGACCCUCAGGACCCAUUGCUUGGAGUUGAUAAGUGACAAGGUCAUGAAGGCUGCUGUUCUCAGUGAGAUGAGGGAGGAAGAGGAGAAGGAGUACAGUAAAGACCUGUUCAUAGAUAAUUGUGUAAAUGACUCAUGCAGACAAGGUUGCAAUUCCUGCAAGUACACUGAAGUUACAUUGGAGAAGCAAGACCUUCCUAAAAAGAAGACUAUGGAUGGAGCGACAGCCCCAUCAAAUAAUGCUGUUCUGAGGAGGAGAAAAUGGAGAAGAGGGUUGGGAAGGAGAAAACAAUCUAAGUCUGUUGAUGAAGUGGACCUUGGUGACGAUCCAGAAAUCAUAUUCAAUGUGAAAUCCACCUCUUUGAGCAGUAAGCCUGUGUAUUCACUAAGACGCAAUCACACCAAGGUGGAAAAUCCUGCUCCUGUUAAGCCCCCUCUGACCCGAAAGAGAGAAUACUUAUCUAGAUGUGUCAAGAGCCAAAUUCUGAAAAGAAAAGGUCAGAAGAAAAGAUGGUUGCAGGGUCUUCCGAGGCUGGAGCUGGUACACACACACAAAGAGAAGAAGGUCAAAGUUAAAGGGACAAAACAGGGACGGAAGGCUUCACUGAAACUGGAACUGUCCUAUCCUGACAAUGAAAUGUCCGUUCCAGUAGAGGAUUUGGGUCUUGCGGAGAUAAUUGACGCAGAGGACAGAAAGCAGGAUAUGCCUCACCUGGAGAAUGAACUGAAAGAAGAGAGGAAACGAAUGGAGGACCAACUUGAGCAGAUGAUAACUGAUACGGAGGACAAAAAGGCAGAUAUGCCUCACCUGGAAAAAGAACUUAAACAGGAGAGGGAAGAGAUGGAGAAUCAACUUGAACGGAUGAUAACUGACAUGGAGGACAAAAAGGCUGAUAUGCCUCAUCUAGAGAAUGAACAUCAACAGGAAAAUGGACUUGAGGAACAUAAUGACAUGGUCUGUAGUAGCAGUUAUGGUGCACAAACCCAAGAGGAUUCUCAAAUACAGAUUUCUUCCAAGCUUUGUGAAGGUCCUCUAACUGAGCCUCAAGCUACUGUUCCAGCUGUUCAAGCUGAUCCUGAACUAGAUGGUCCAUCUUUAGAGCUAUUUGAAUGUCCAGUAGAUUUGUUUCACAGUUACUCUCUCAAAUACAAAUUGCCUGACAGCGAGAAACGGCAGCUUCCUGAAUCCACAGUAUCCGAUGAGCUUAAUGACGACAUAGAACAGGAGCCCCAAUCUACAGUGGAAACAGACGUGUCAAUAAAAACGGUGCUUGCCAAAAAAACGUGGAGGGACAGAGCUCUCCGUACUCAAAAAUAUGCUCACCUGAUGCACCACUGCAAAUUAUGCCGCAAAGAUUAUAAAGGCCUGAAUGUUAUGAGGCAUGCUCUUUCACACCUGAGGGGUAGGAAACUAAGAUGUAUUCUCUGUGGGAAGCGCUUUAAACACCUUCAUUUUGCCAAAAAGCACAUUUUAGAUCACAUUGAUGAAAUGUCCAAGCAGACACCUCCCGAUAAGGAGCUAUGCAUUGUGGAUGUGCCAGCUGCUAAUGGAAUAGUGGAUAAAGUUGAAAAUCCGAGCCAGCCACAGGAUGCAAAUAAGACUUCCAUUUCAAACGAGGAAGCUCUGAAUAAGAAACCCGGAAGCAGACCGAAAUUGUCAAGCCUCAAGAGAGAAGAUAGAAUCAUCAGGAACCUCCGCACCUUAAUCAAAAAGACAUCUGUGCUUCACAACAAGUGCAAGAACCCCGAUGCAAAUAUAUUCAAGGAGUUAGACUUCAAAGAUGAGCAGGUAGUUAUUAAGGAUGGACUGGUGAUAGUCAGAGAUCCUUCUGUGGUGGAGAAAGAUGGAGAAGGAGGGGGGAAGGCGACGCCUGCAGGAGAGAAUGGCUAUGGUGUGGACAUCACCUAUCACUUGUGCCCCUCAGAGUCCUGUGAUAGAGUAUUCUUGAGGAUCAGCAGCACACUAACAAAGCAUGCCAUCAAAUGCCAUGUUAGUGACGAUAAAGUGCUGGAGAAGACUUUUGUUUGGGCCAAACAAAAGUGCACUCUGUGCCUCAGGCAGUUACAAUUUCUCCAGCAUUAUAAGGAUCACAUGAAGCGCCACGAUACUCCUCUCCAGUACUUCUGCUACCAUUUGGAGUGUAACCAGCGCUUCGCAACACAACAGGAAUUAAAGGACCACGUCAGUACCCACCAGCCCUUCAGACCUCAGUGUCCAUUCACAGACUGUGAGAAGCUAUUCUCGAACCUCCAGGGUCUCUAUGAUCAUGAAUGGAGACACUACGUCCCAGCGCCUCAAAGAGAUGAGCUAGAGCUGAGACAGAACAGAGAGCAGAAGCAAAACACUGAAGCGCCAUGGAAGCAGAAAAUUAAGGUUGAGGAGAUAUGGCUGCAAAGUAAAAAGGGGCAGAGGGAGGGUCUUGUCCUUGACCAUGUUGAGGCAUCCAAUGUUGAGGAUUUCAAUGAAAUCAUAACCGAAGACCAGCCUUGUAAAAUAAAUGAUCAUGUUGAUGACUCUAAUAUUGAGGAUUGGGUAAAUCAAGACCUGUCUAAAAUCGACAAUUGCUCAGAUAAAACAGGCAGUCAUGAGCCCACAGACGAAAACAAGUCCGCCGUCAAUGGAUAUGAGAAUGAGACAAGAAACCAAGUUUUGGAAGGAAAGAUUUCCACCUCCCGGACCGGAGAUUCUGCAGCAAACCAAAGCAAGUGCCGUCGAAAAAAGGCUCCCGUCGUGUAUGACCCCUUGAAUGUCCGAGACCUUGAGGAUUUGUCCACUUUGGCUGAGGGAGUCCAGCAGAAACUGGGAGAGCCACACAUCACUGAGCACAAAUCCUUCCAACCCGAAGAUCCCUCCUAUGCGACAUUUGUUAAAGCCCCCUUCAUCCGACCGCCACCCUCCACCUACAUGGACGAAUCCCUGCUCUCGAUGCGGAAGAGGAGGUCCACAGAAGAGGCCCCUCCGAAGAAAAAUGUUUACUGGGGCAGUAUAAAAAAAGAAACGGAGCAGCAGAAGAAUGAUGACCCCCCUGAGCAGAAGACCAGGGUUCGCUGUGACAAAUGUCUUUCCUCCUUCAGCAGUGCAGAAGAAUUACAGAAACACAGAGCCCUUAACACCUGCUCUGCACUCUUUGGCUUUGAUUCUGACGAUGAAAGUUAGUUGCAAUUAAAGAGGAUCUGUAACUGGAGAGACACAGCAUACUCUGUCAUCUGGCUCAGGGCAACGAUUCAAGAUAAAGGACCACUGGAAGCCUUUCUUAACACUCAGAUACAGUACCUAUUUAAUUCUUGGAUACCAGUUGGUUGAUAGAACCUUUUUUUUAAAGCAAUAACUUUAACAGCUAAAACUACUUUUGAAAACAUUGUUUUCUGUCAAAACACUAUCAUUGUGCACUUUGUCAAGCAGGAAAAAUAAAUCCAUAUGUUCUCUUUAUGGAUAGUUAUGUAACUUUUGAUACAGCAUUGGUUGAUAAAAACAAAAAAUGUUGUGUCAACAAAUUUAAAAGUAAUGCCAAAAAAUGUGUGGGAAUGAGAAAUGAAAUAUGGCUCAAAACAACCUCCCCAGAUUAAAAAAUACACUGUAGUUAGUUGUGUACAAAUAAUCUACUGUAGGUACUGUUACAUGUAGCUUAAAUGUAACUAAUCACACUGUAUACAUUAAGUAUAUAAGUAAUCACAGUAUUUUUACUUAAGAAUACCACAGAGGGUCAACCUUACCUGGACUUGCCGUAUUGUGGUACAGGACUCAACACAGUGUAUUAGCCUUUGUCAAACAUAAUUUUUAAGGAAGCAACUACACUUAAAUAAUGUUGAGGUGUUGAUCAGUGCUGAAUAAAAAAAAUGUGAGGGUCCUAUCCUAUUUUGUCCUUAAACUGAAUUUCACAUGCAGUUAACUUUAAACAGUGUUUGAAACAUUAAGAAAAAAAAAUCAUGUUAACAGGAUGGAAACAUGAGCUCAGUGCUCAGCUCAGUGUUGCCCUCUCUGGUAAAUUCUUGUAGUCUUCCAAAUGAACUGUACACCUCUGAGCUUUGUAGAAAGGAUGUAUGAAAAGUUUCACUAAACACGACAAGUGGACAUGGUGGUGGUUGCUUCCACUUCCCACGUCUCCAUACUAUUCAUUUAUACGUUUUCAGCACAAUUUGUGUGAACUGCUGUUUUCGUAGGUUCACCAGGAUGGGGUAUAGCUUUCCAAACUAGGCUUCUGGUCGUGGUAUGACAACAGGAAUCACUCAUUAAAGCCGUGACCAAAAUAUCUAAAAACAUGUGAAUCCGCCUUCAUACUGUCACACUAUUAUUAUGUACAGUAUAUGAAUUAUUCACAACUUUCUUAGUGCCAAGACUGAAUGACAGUGUUAGACUGUAGGUAAAGAUAAACAUUCAAAUCAUUAACACAGUACCAGUUUGGUCUAAAUCAUUUUUAACUCCAUGACCAUGUAUUUCAGUACAUAGAAUAUCUGACAUUGGUUGUCUGUUAUGUAAAUACUUUUGAGAUUUUUCAUAACUUUUUAAUGUAAUGUUUUUAUGGGACUGUGCACUUAAAUCUGCUUAUUUAUAUGUAUAAAUGUUAAUAGGCUGGAUUUGUAAUGGUAAUGAUUCCCACGUUUAUUUUUUCAUAAAAAGUGAUUAAAUUUGUUUGAAUAAACAAAUGACACUAAAA